AUGGCAGUUUGCACAGUGUACACAGUUCAAUCUCUCAAUUCUACUUGUUCAAUCUCAAAACCCACAAAAACCCACUUGGGAUUUAACCAAAAACAGCUAGUUUUCUUCAAGAAAACCACCACCAGAAGAACCACCACUGAAAUAACAUGCUCCGCCGGCGAUACGGUGGUGAUUGGUUUAGCAGCAGACUCUGGCUGUGGAAAGAGCACCUUCAUGCGGCGGUUGACGAGUGUCUUCGGCGGCGCGGCGGAGCCACCCAAGGGCGGCAACCCUGACUCCAACACACUGAUUAGUGACACCACUACUGUGAUUUGUUUAGAUGAUUAUCAUUCACUGGAUAGAACUGGGAGAAAAGAGAAGGGAGUUACUGCACUUGAUCCCAGAGCAAAUAAUUUUGACCUUAUGUAUGAACAGGUUAAGGCGAUCAAAAGUGGUGUCGCUGUGGAGAAACCUAUUUAUAAUCACGUCACUGGUUUAAUUGACCCUCCUGAGUUGAUCAAGCCUCCCAAGAUUUUUGUUAUUGAAGGAUUGCACCCAAUGUAUGAUGCCCGUGUGAGAGAACUCUUGGACUUCAGUAUCUAUUUGGACAUUAGCAACGAGGUUAAAUUCGCAUGGAAAAUUCAGAGGGACAUGGCUGAGAGAGGACACAGUCUUGAAAGCAUUAAAGCUAGUAUUGAAGCCAGGAAGCCAGAUUUUGAUGCUUAUAUUGAUCCACAAAAGCAAUAUGCGGAUGCAGUUAUUGAAGUGUUGCCAACACAACUCAUUCCUGAUGACAAUGAAGGGAAGGUCUUAAGAGUAAGAUUGAUAAUGAAAGAAGGGGUGAAAUAUUUCAACCCUGUUUACCUCUUUGAUGAAGGUUCCACCAUUUCAUGGAUACCUUGUGGAAGAAAGUUGACAUGUUCGUACCCGGGCAUCAAAUUCUCUUACGGCCCCGAAACCUACUUUGGCCACGAGGUAUGA